AUGACUAUAGAUGACUACCCCAGCAUUCUUCCCGGCGGUUCAACAGCAGACUGGGAGCUCCUUGACGGGCAGCUUCUGCGGAUUCUGGUGGAGGAGAGAAUUCUCGAUAGGAAGCUGGUUAAGCGACGGGACCAAGAAUGGUUUCGUGUUAUCCUCCGAGACCAGCUGCCUCAGUUCCCGGACUUUGUCCAGCGUGCCGCUGCCCACAAUGUUCACGCCAGCAUUGCAGCCCUGGCCCGGUACGCCCUAAAGCUUAAGAGUGACCACAAUCACAAUGUCUGGCGCCGCGAGAUCCGCACCCGAAAGCUGCAGCCGGAUGUUACCGCGGAGCCGGCAGCGCGCAGUCCCAGCCAGAUACCCUUCCCGGCCCCCAACGAGGGGCCCCCAUGCGCCCAAUACCACCACCACAGGCCGGCUAACGACCUCCGCGGUGGUAUCUUGGUAUCCAUCGGGUGCCUCUGGGCGAUAUACAUGGGCUUCUGCCGGGCCACAGCCCCAGAGGACUACGACAGCCCCCUGAAACCGUGCGAGCCGCGGUCCCCCGAGCUGGACGCCCCGGGCCCGGCGGCGCUGAGGCACCUUCUGAACCCGCUCCCGUGA